AAUGUCCUGAGAUAAAAGUCCCCUUCUUCCUCUCCUCCACAGGACUAUGCAACAUCUGAAACCUACUCGUCAUCACUACAGCAGGGCUCCUUCUCCAGGAUCAAGAUCUCACCCCUUCUCCUUCUCCUUCUCCUUCUCCACAAGACUACGCAACAUCUGAAACUCGCCAUCACUAAGCAGCACUGCAGCAGGGAUGAUAUCUUCUCCAGGAUAAACUCUUCUCAGAAUAGCCAAGUGGGGUGUGUCUCCUGUUGCAACUUCACCUUCAGGAUCGAUCACAUCAAAUCACAGGACGAACACACGCACGAAAACUGAUAGCUGAAGUUGGAAACAGAAGCACCGAUUGGAACAUGGUAGCUGAUGUAGCAAUUACUAAGGCCUUAUAGCUACAUGUUAACAGAAAUCAAAACAGUGGGGAACAUCUACUUAGGAGUUGUAGUUGUAUUUUUGUGCAGGAUGUAGAUCUCGUGAUUCUCACCUCUCAGAAAGUACCUACACCUAGAGAAACACCCUUCUCCACGGGACUAGGCAACAUCUGAAACUCGCCAUCUCUACAUAGCACUGCAGCGGGCUUCUCCAGUUUUUCUUGUUUCAAGGUUAUUUUGCUUGUAACAGCAAAUGGACCACCAAGCCAUUAUCGCACGAAGUAAACUGGAGUGUAUGUUAUUUGAUGAAAAUGUGGAACCAAUGCCCCUACCAUUAUCACUUCUGGAGGAUAUCACUAGCAGUUUCUCUGAAGACCAAGCCAUCGGCUAUGGUGGCUUUGCAGUUGUUUAUAAGGGGAUGCUUGACAAUGGCACAAUUGCUGUGAAGAAGCUUUUCGAAACAUUUUGUAUUGACGAGAAGCAAUUCAGCGAAGAGAUCCAUUGUCUAAUGAAGGCAAAGCACAAAAAUAUAGUACGGUUUCUAGGAUAUUGCUCUAACGCACAAGGGGAAAUGGUAGACUACAAGGGAAAGCUCGUCUUGGCAGAUGUACGAGAAAGGUUGCUCUGUUUUGAAUAUCUACGCAAUGGAAGUCUUGAUAAGAAAAUCACUGAUGCAUCUUGUGGACUUGAAUGGAGACAACGCUAUCAAAUUAUCAUUGGAAUUUGUAACGGUUUGUAUUAUCUUCACCAAAAGCACAUAGUUCACUUGGAUCUUAAACCCGAAAAUAUAUUAUUAGAUGACCAUAUGAUGCCAAAAAUUACCGAUUUUGGUCUUUCGAGGUGCUUCGAUGAAAAGCAAACCCGAACUGUUGCUUCAAAGUUGAUUGGAACUAUGGGAUAUUUGGCACCAGAAUUCUUUGGGGGUAGACAGAUCACAUUCAAGUCGGACAUAUAUAGUCUUGGUAUUAUAAUCAUAGACAUACUAACAGGAGACAAGGGGUAUGUUGAUGUUGAAAACCAGGUUCUGGAGAGAUGGAGAUAUAGGUUGGAGAAAUCACACGGAGAUACACAACUGGUACAAGUACAAGUAUGCACUGAGAUAGCGAUAGAGUGCUGUGACUUUAACCCAGCGAAAAGACCAGAUAUGCAGGAUAUAAUUGAUAGGCUUGGUGCAACACAAAAUGUGGAUGAAUUUGCUGCUGAAACUGGAUGUAGUAGUUCAUCCGUACCAAAGGUUGCUGGUUCGUGGAAAGGGGGCGUGCCUGACCAUUGGAUACAAUUGGCACAGCAUCAGGAAAGGGCGAGCAAGAAGCUGCACAUCUCGCUGGCGAAGAUCAAGGCUGCCACGGACAACUUCCACGAGCGCAACCUUAUUGGCGUCGGCGGGUUCGGGAAUGUGUACAAGGGUGCGCUCGGCGAUGGCACGCCUGUGGCGGUGAAGCGUGCCAUGCUCACCUCGAAGCAGGGGCUGCCGGAGUUCCAGGCGGAGAUCGUGCUGCUGUCCGGCAUCCGGCACCGGCAUGUGGUGUCGCUCAUCGGGUACUGCACCGAGCAGGCGGAGAUGAUACUCGUGUACGAGUACAUGCAGAGAGGCACGCUGCGAAGACACCUGUACGGCUACGGCGAGCCGGCACUGCCGGCACUGUCCUGGAUGCAGCGGCUGGAGAUCUGCAUCGGGGCGGCGAGGGGCGUGCACUACCUGCACGCAGGCUACUCGGAGAACAUCAUCCACCGCGACAUCAAGUCGACCAACAUCCUCCUGGGCGACAGCAACCGCGGCAUGAUAGCCAAGAUAGCCGACUUCGGGCUGUCGCUCACCGGGCCGUCUUUCGGGCACACGCACGUGAGCACGAUUGUGAAGGGAAGCUUCGGGUACCUGGACCCGGAGUACUUCCGGCGGCAGCAGCUUUCGGACCGGUCGGACGUGUACUCGUUCGGCGUGGUGCUGUUCGAGGUGCUAUGCGCGCGGCCGGCGCUGAACGUGAGCCUGCCGAGGGAGCAGGUCAGCCUCGCCGAUCACGCGCUGCGCUGCCAGAGGAAUGGGACCCUGGACGAGAUCAUCGACCCGCUGCUGGCGGGCAAGAUCGCGCCGGACUGCCUGAAGAAAUUCUCGGAGACGGCGUGGAAAUGCUUGUCGGACUACGGCGUGGACCGGCCGUCCAUGGGCGACGUGUUGUGGAACCUGGAGUACGCGCUGCAGAUGCAGGAGACCUUCGAAAACGGGGUCAGCCACUAGUGCAGAACCGGGCAAUAGCACCGGUUCGUAAGGCCCUUUAGUGCCGGUUACAUAACCGGCACUAAAUUGUGGUCACUAAAGGUCCCCCCCCCUUUAGUACCGGUUCAG